AUGGCUCCCACGGCGAUGAAUGCGUGCGUCCAUCAGGGUUGCGUGGCCCUGAAGCGCAGGGUGGCGCCGGGUUGCGCUCAGAGAGCUCAGCCCAAGCUGUGUUCCGGGCAGCAGCGUCGCGGGGUCGUUGCUAGAGCGGCGGACGAUAGUCAGUGGGUGUUCAGCAAGGCUCUGGUCCGCGACGUCGCGCCAACAUUCGAUAAUGCCAUUUGCAAGUACCCCCCGGAGGAGCCAAUAAGCGUCGAGCGGGCCGUCGAACAGCAUGAUUUGUACAUUAGGAGGCUGCAGGAAGCCGGGGUGGAGGUGCUCAAGGUCGCGGCCGACAAGAAGUGCCCCGAUUGUGUCUUCAUUGAGGACACCGCCGUAGUCGUGACCGGCGUCGGCGCCGUGAUCGCGUGGCCAGGCAUGCGGACCCGCAGGCGGGAGGUGGGCCCGGUGCGCGAGGCCCUGGACAGCCUCGGCCUGAAGCUGUUCGACGUGCAGAAGCCCGGCGUGGUGGACGGCGGCGACGUCCUGCGCAUCAACACGGACAUGUUUGUGGGCAUCUCGAAGCGCACCAACGCGCAGGCCCUCGAGUACAUCAGCGCCGCGCUGUCGCCGUACGGGAUCCGCGUGUACGGCAUCCCCGUGCCCGAGGCCCUGCACCUCAAGAGCCUGUGCACGGCGCUGGACAGCGAGACGCUUGUUGUGGCAAAGGGACCUGGCGCGGGCGUGAAGCGGAGCAUCAACCUGAUGGCCAUCGACGACCUGCUCGCCGUCGACUACAGCUUCGUCGAGGUGCGGCAUCCGCUCUCCGCGAACGUCGUGCGGAUCAACAAGCACGUGUUGAUCCAGCCGGCGGACGACGAGGACCGGGAGAUCUUGGUGCGCGCGUGCGCUGCACGGGGGCUCACACCAGUGGAGGUCGACAUGAGCGAAACGGGCAAGGCGGACGGCGCGCUCACGUGCUGCUCCAUCCUCAUCCCAUGA